AUGUACUUCCUUUUAUUCUUGAAAUCAGGAGACACGGAAGCUUGGAAACCUGACGCAAUCCUUGCAGAUGCAGGUGUUGUGCCAGGAGAAGAAGGGAGCCCACAGCCAUCGGAGCCCACACCCCAGGGGGAUCCCAAUUGCCUAGUGGACCUGGCGUUUCUCAUCGACGGCAGCUCUGCUAUCGGCAAACGUCGGUUUCACAUCCAGAAGCAGUUCCUCGCCGACAUGGCUCAGGCGCUGAACAUCGGGCCCACCGGCCCGCUCAUGGGGGUCAUCCAGUAUGGGGAUAGUCCAGCCCUCCAGUUCAGCCUCAGGACUCACGCCAGCUCCCAGGACGUGCAGAGGGCCCUGGAGAAGAUGACGCCUCGGGGUGGCCUCUCCAACGCAGGCCGAGCCAUCUCCUUCCUCACCAAGAGCUUCUUCUCCAAAGCGCAAGGGAACCGCAGCGGUGCCCCCAACGUGGCCGUGGUGCUGGUGGACGGCUGGCCCUCUGACCGCGUGGGGGACGCCGCCCAGCUGGCCCGGGAAGCGGGGAUCAACAUCUUCUUCGUGACCGUCGAGGGACCCCUGAAGAACGAGAGGGAGCUGGUGCCCGAGCCCGACUUCGCCCAUAAGGCCGCCUGCAGGCCGUCGAGCUUCUACGCGCUGCCCGUGGCCAGCUGGGCGGCGCUGGGCCGGAGCGCGCUGCAGCCGCUGGCGCGCCGCGUGUGCCGGCCGGAGCGCCUCCAGUGCAGCCGCACCUGCCUCAACUCGGCCGACCUGGGGCUGGUGCUGGACGGCUCGAGCAGCGUGGGCCCCGCCAACUUCCGCACGCUGCUGCGCUUCGCCGCCGACCUGAGCCGCGCGCUGCGCGUGGCGCCGUCCGAGGCGCGCGUGGGCCUGGUGCAGUACACCUACGAGCCGCGCCUGGAGUUCGGCCUGGACGCGCACCGCUCCCGCGCCGCCCUGCUGCGCGCCCUGGCCGGCGUGGGCUACUGGAGCGGCGGCACCAGCACGGGCGCCGCGCUGCGCUUCGCCCUGGAGCGCCUCUUCCCCCGGCCGCGCCCCGGCCGCAGGCAGAUCCUGGUGCUGGUCACCGACGGCCGCUCCUACGACGACGUGCGGCCGCCCGCCCUGGAAGCCCGGCGCCGGGGCGUGAAGGUGUUCGCGGUGGGCGUGACGUGGGCAGUCCCCGAGGAGCUGGCGCUCAUAGCCUCGCCGCCGGCCGCUGACCACGCGUUCUUCGUGGACGAGUUCGAGCACCUGGCCCGCUGCGUGCCCCGCAUCCUCCAGGCCAUCUGCGACGACUUCGCCCGGAGGCCGGGGGACUGA